AUGGACGUUCUCAGCGAAAUGGAUGCAGAGCGUGGCGAGCUGAUGGAAUCCAUCAGAAACUCACUGGAUCGGUUCAAAAUUUGGAUCGUUUCCAUUAGAGAGAUGUACAAGACGGACUUGGACGAGUGGCAUGAUUCCCGGGAACAACCUUUCAAAUCCGGUAUUCGGGAAGAUCUCUCCAACGAGGUCUUGAGGCUACUAGACCAGCUUCAAGAACUUUUGCAAGACUUGAUACAGAUUUUGAAUGGCACCCGCCAACAGCGAACAUGGGUCAAGAGUUCGAUCAGUGAUCCACCAAGUGAUAUGGACAUCAGCUCUUCCGAAGAUUCAGACAGUGAAUUUGCAAAUUACCUCAAGCAGAAUUCUUCUAAGGAAGAUUCCGCAAACUCGCAAACCGUCACUGAAUCGGGAGAACUAUGUCAAAGUAUCAACGAUAUCAUAACUAGCCUUAUGAGGAUAGCGAUGCAAGUCGACAACUCGUUGCUCAACUCCAAGUUUGACCGGUGUCGACUCGAGGAAUCCGAUCCCGUGGAACUUGAAAUCAUGCGUGUGCGUGAGAAGCUCCCUCGGGUCAGACGGAACGAACCACUUGCCAGGAAACUGGGAAGAGCCAAUGCUCAACGAAGGAAGUGGCUCCAGAGCCGACGGUCGAGACAUGAUGUCAUUUCUGACAUGUACUUCCGUUUUUUUGGCUUAAGCGCGCGAACAACUGAUGCCUCCCAUCGAAAGGAUCCUUCCUCUUUCACAGCCAAAGUCACAGCAAGGUUUGAUCAUGCCAGAGAAGCCGGGAUGGAUCACGAAGAUGCAGAAGAGAGAACAAUGGCAAGUGAAAAGAUUGUUGGCUGGUCUUCGUCAAAAGAAGAAGAUGGAAAGGAACCGGAAUCCACGGCCAAACGCACUAAGGGGCCCUUUGAUUUCUUGUUUCUAAUGAGGAGUGGGAAUUUCUUGUUGCGAUGGAGGAACAACAUCUGUGAUUUUCUCAUUCUCAUGGGGUUGCUGUCCGACCCGAGAUGGUCUCUACCAUUAUUUCCGAAGACUCGUUCGAACUUGCCCUAUACGUAUGACACCCUCGUCCGAUGUCCAUAUUGCCACAUCAAAGUCGUAAUGUCAAACUACGACGAAUGGCAAAUGCAUGUGUUUGCGGACCUUUCAUCUUAUAUCUGCACUUUUGAGGGAUGUCCUGCUCCCCUUUUUGAAACGCGGCAGCAGUGGUUUCAGCACGAGAUGGAAGUCCACCGAAAGAACUGGCGGUGCGAUAUGUGUGAAGAAUUUUACCACUCUUUGUGGGAUAUGAAGAGACAUCUGACGCAGAAACACUCGGACAUCAUCGGAGCCGGCAAUGCUGAAGCCCAUGCGGAACGACUGGGGAGACCACCACAGAAAAUCCGUGCCAAGGACUGCCCCCUGUGUGAUCCUAACUGGAACCUGCAGCAACCAAGCAGAUGGUUGACCGGCGACUGGGAAAUGACAGCUGAGGCAUUCGGAGACCAUUUAGGCAAGCAUUUAGAGGACCUAUCUUUACUUGUGCUACCACCCACAACGGAUAUGAAAUUGGUCUUCCGGGGCACUGGUGACAUAUCCAACCUUACGGCGCCCAUCGGCGAGACGAGAUCUCAACCGAAACGUAUCAUCAACGCACUCAGAAACUUCUGGUGGGAGACUUAUUUGACAUUCAUUAUGGCCCUCUUUCUGUCCGUUCGCAACUCCCCUUACUCGUUCCUACACUCGUAA